ACUGUUAACGUAGCAUCAUACUCUCGACUUAUGCCCUAAGUUCGGAGACAUAAAGAAUUUAGCAUUUAUAACUAUUUGGUGAUAGCUUAAUUGGUUUUCUCUCCGAACUUAGGACGUAAAGAAUUGGAUUUUGAGAGUAAAGAAUUUCAUCCGAGGUUGGAGUCUAGCGCCAAUAUUUCUUAAUGAUUUUACACGAGAGAAAAUUUUAUGUGCUUGUUGGCAUGCAUAGUUUGCGAGUUUUUGGAUUUAUCCAAUUUGUACUCCAGGAUAAUAGUCGUGAAUAAUCAGCGAACAAUAGUGAGAAAUUCUCUCCGCAGUUUCUUCUUCUUUCUAUAUUCUCUGCGAUUCUUCGAGAGUAGCAGAGCUCAAGGACUUCGUUCAACAUUGCCGUACGAACCCUUCAGUUCCACGACCCAUCUCUCGCCUUAUUCAAAUCCUACCUGCAGAGGGUAUAACGCAUUGCUGACAUGUGAAACAAAAGAAAAUGUUGAUGCCAAAAGACCCAAUCUUUCCUCUGAGAAUGGGGACGAGAUUGUCGAGGCUGAUAUUGAGUUGGAUGAUUCUGUCGUAGUGAAGCCCGACAAUGAUCCCCCGCAGAAGAUGGGAAGUCCUUCAGUUGAAGUUACAGAAGAAAUGCAGGAUGCUGUACAGAUACAAAAAUUAGCCAUGGAUGCAAUCUCUGAUGGUUACUGCUAUCAUUUUUUUUUGCAUCUUACCAAGUAUUUUUUCCAAGUGUUUUUUUUGCUAACAUGAUUCUCCUAUCUUUAUUGAUCAUCUAAAUGAAGCGAUCAUGUUGAAUCCUACUUCGACUAUAUUAUAUGCAACUCGAGGUUUUUCUUUUCCUUUUCCCUUUUUUGUGCCGAAUGUUUGAAUCUUGCUUUAUUUUUUAUUUCAUUGUUAUGCUAUUUCUUCCAUUUUCUUUCUCUAUACUAAUGACUUAAUGCACUU